AUGGAGAUCAAGGACACCGAAGGAAAGCAGCUGCCAGAUUCCUCGGAGAAAGACGCCUGCCUGCCUGCCUGGAUUGCUCAAGGAUCGCCCCCGAGGAUGAAGGCUACCUUUGCAGCCUUGCUGGCCGUUCUCCUGUGCAUGGAGAGAGUGUCAUCUCUCAAGUGCUAUGUUUGCGAUAAUGUGGAAUCCAACAGGAAUUGCCUAAACAAGAAGACGUGUAAUGAAACAGACAAUUACUGCGUCACAAGUUACUUAGGGGGACGUGUUGGUGAGAACCAUAAACAGUCCAUCAGCAAGUACUGCUCUCCCGACUGUCCCGAAGGACGUAUGAAUCUCGGCCACAUGGCUUUCUCCGUGGAUUGCUGCAACACCCACUUGUGCAACGUGAGCGGGGCCAUGGGUGUGAAGAGCAGCUUCACCGUGCUGGCUGUGGGCACCCUAGCCAGCCUCUUAUAUAUCUUUGGCGCCAAACUGUGAGGAGGACUUGAGGCGCUGA